AGGAGAUCAGCGGCGCGGCGCCCCCUGCGGGAAGCGAGCACAAGUGGACACACCCGCCGGGGGAAACGAGCUCCUCCCCACACCGCGGCUUCCAGGCGUGAGCGUGGGGAGGGCCUCGUCGACCUCCGGGAUUGUGCUUCACCGUCCUUCCCCGAGGAAGUCCGUCGUCGUGCCCGCCCGCAGGCCUGGCUGGCUGGGCGUGGGGGCGCGCGUGUUGCCUCGUCCGCUUCGGCCGUGGAAGAAACGCGCGCGGUGUGCCCAUUAGGCAAUCAGCGCGGCUCUCCUGAAGCCCCGGUCUUACCCUGUCGCAGCCCACCUACUCAAAAGGAGAAAUAUCGAGCCAAAUACUGAAGAGAUGUCAGAAGAUUCAGAAGAAGACUAUUCAGAUAGAACAAUCAGUGAUGAAGAUGAAUCAGAUGAGGAUACCUACAUGAAAUUUGAAGAUCUCCACCAAUGUGCACUUUUAACAGCUGACUCCAUCACUGACCCAUUUUUCCCCCGGACUACACAGAUACUGUUGGAAUACCAGCUAGGGAGAUGGGUGCCACGUCUUCGUGAGCCACGAGAUUUAUAUGGUGUCUCUUCUUCUGGUGAACUGAGCCCAACACGGUGGCCGUACCAUUGUGAGGUUAUUGAUGAAAAAGUCCAGCAUAUUGAUACGACUCCUCCUUAUUCUGAGCCAGUGUACAUCCCAACAGGCCUAGAGAUCGAACCCAUUUAUUCAAACUCCAAGGAAGAUACAGUAGUUUAUCUAGCUGAAGAUGCUUACAAAGAGCCGUGUUUUGUAUAUUCUCGAGUUGGGGGCAACCGAACAGCCCUGAAGCAGCCUGUGGAUAAUUGUGACAACACUUUGAUGUUUGAAGCAAGGUUUGAGAGUGGUAAUCUACAGAAGGUAGUCAAAGUGGCAGAAUAUGAAUACCAGUUGACUGUGCGCCCUGACCUCUUCACAAAUAAACACACCCAGUGGUACUAUUUCCAAGUCACUAAUACCCAAGCAGGAAUCGUCUACAGAUUCACUAUUAUCAAUUUUACCAAGCCUGCUAGUCUUUACAACCGGGGUAUGCGCCCACUGUUUUAUUCUGAAAAAGAGGCCAAGACUCAUAAUAUUGGCUGGCAGAGAAUAGGAGAGCAAAUCAAGUAUUACAGGAACAACCCCGGGCAAGAUGGGCGCCAUUAUUUCUCUCUUACGUGGACAUUUCAAUUUCCACACAGCAACGAUACCUGCUACUUUGCUCACUGCUAUCCAUACACUUACACCAACCUGCAAGAAUACCUUUCUAGCAUCAAUAAUGACCCAGUACGGUCGAAGUUUUGUAAAGUACGUGUCUUGUGCCACACGAUUGCUAGGAAUAUGGUGUACAUUUUAACGAUCACUACCCCCUUGAAGAACGCUGACUCAAGAAAACGGAAGGCGGUGAUUUUGACUGCAAGGGUACAUCCAGGAGAAACCAACAGCUCAUGGAUCAUGAAAGGCUUCCUAGAUUUUAUUUUAGGAGACUCACGUGAUGCACAGUUGCUUCGGGACACUUUCAUCUUCAAGGUGGUACCCAUGCUGAAUCCCGAUGGUGUGAUUGUAGGAAAUUACCGGUGUUCCUUAGCUGGACGGGAUUUAAACCGUAACUACACCUCUCUCCUGAAGGAAUCAUUCCCUUCUGUUUGGUAUACCCGGAACAUGAUCCACAGAUUGAUGGAGAAACGAGAGGUUAUUUUAUACUGUGACCUUCAUGGCCAUAGCAGGAAAGAGAACGAUAAAGCAUUGUACUUACAGCAGCGAAUCUUCCCACUUAUGAUGAGCAAAAACUGUCCAGAUAAAUUUUCAUUCUCAGCUUGCAAGUUUAAUGUUCAGAGGAGCAAAGAAGGAACAGGCAGGGUGGUGAUGUGGAAAAUGGGAAUCAGGAACAGCUUCACCAUGGAGGCCACUUUUUGUGGAUCUACUCUGGGUGAUAAACGAGGCACUCAUUUCAACACAAAAGAUUUGGAGUCAAUGGGGUAUCAUUUUUGUGAUUCUCUCUUGGACUAUUGUGAUCCAGACCGAACUAAGUAUUAUCAGUGCCUAAAAGAAUUAGAAGAAAUGCAAAAACAUAUAAACUUGGAAAAAGUCCUUGAUGAUUCAGAUACUUCUUUGAAAGAAAUUACAGUGGAGUCUAGUAGCCAAGGCUCUGACAGUUCAGAAUCGAAUGAGUCUCAGAGUUACAUUCUCAAGUUAACUUCUCAGAUAAAAGCCAAGAAAAAACAUCUGAGAACAAAGAAGGAAAGAAAUUCUACCCUAGCAAGACAUAAAAAUGCCAGAGAAGAACGAGAGGUUUGUGGUAGAGGAUAUUUAAUACCAAGACACAAAGAAUCAAAUUCUGAUGUGAAAGAUGCAAGGCCAAAUGUAUCAGAUGAUCGUAUAUUUGAUUAUUUCAGAAGACCGUCUCCUAAUCAAGGUUUGGUGAAAAUGCCUGGACAGGCCCCUUCCUGGCUUCUAAAAGGAUAUUUGAGCUCCCAAAAUAUGAUGCAGAGGCAUAGCAAAUACCAACAAAGACACUUUUCGGAAACCGAUCUGCAUAGCAACCUGAAAAGCAAAAUGAGACAAUCUGCAUCUUUCCAAAGCAAGAAGACUCAUGUAAAUUGGACAGAUGAUGAAAAAAGAAUCUACAGGGAUAAAAGAAUGGCUCAAACUGAAGAAAUAUUGCAAUAUUUCAUGCCUGUCAUGGAAAGCACAACAAAUGUGAGAACCAAUCAGAUAAAACAGAUAUUCAAACCUCGUACCAACUUCCAAAUCCAACAUCAAUUAGUAAAUCAAGCUACUUAUGUAAACUUGGGCGGCGCAUCCUGGGCACCAUCCAGUCAUCUCCCUUUUAUAGGUCAAAGGAACCUCCUGGCAAGCUCUUCAGGAUGGCUCCAGUCUGUGCCCCAGAAGUCGUGUGAAAGCCUGUCACGUCUCAGAGGGCACAAGAAAAGGAAAGCAUGUUCUGCAGUCAGUGCCAUGAAGACUAAAGACAUGAAACCUGUCAGCAGCAAAUGGGAGAUUCCUUCCUCAGGUUUUGAGAAGUACGUGAAUAUUACCAAAGGCCAGAGUCCUCACACUGGAGAAUUCAACCAGCAAACCUCCAUGCGGAUAGCCCCCAAUCCAACUCAAACUAACGAUGAGCAGCCAAAUAAGAAUGAGGGACAACCCAUCUUCCAUUUGAAGUUCCAAAGGCAGAAAUAAUCUAGCUUUAUGCUACUCUGAAGACUGUGGGUGAAA